CUCCUUAUGACCGGAGGUGAAAUGGGAAACAUGAGCGAGGACACGCGCCCGGACGAUGAUAGCUACAUAGUGCGCGUCAAAGCGGUGGUGAUGACCAGAGACGAGUCGAGCGGCGGCUGGUUGGCGCAGGACGGCUGCCUGAGCAGAGUGGGCGUGUGCAGACUGCUGCCGACCGAGCUGCUGGGACGUAACACAUUCCUGAUCCACGGAGAACGUCUUAAAGACAAGCAGGUGAUUCUUGAGUGCUUCUUAAAGAAGGAUCUAGUCUACACGAAGGCCACGCCCACUUUCCACCACUGGAAGGUGGACAACAAGAAGUGUGGCCUGACUUUCCAGAGCCCGGCCGAUGCCCGCGCCUUUGAUCGCGGCGUGAGGAAGGCCUUGGAGGACCUAACCGAAGGGUCGACCACGUCCUCGUCCACGCUGCAGAACGAGGCCGAGCUCGGCGACGAUGACGUCUUCACGACUGCCACCGACAGCUCGUCCAACUCGUCCCAGAAGAGAGAGCCAGCGAUGCGCACGCUCACCCCGCCCACCUUCUGUGAACCCCGCCGGCACCACUGCAUCCUGGGACAUUUGUAUGAGCAGCAUCGGCCCACUGAGCACUACUUCCUGGACCAGGUGAGUACGGCGGUGCAUAUGUUUCCUCGUCACGUCAGCUUCCAGUUGGAGGACGAGGAGGUCGUACGCAUCAACCCCCGCGAGCGGACCUGGCUCACCGGCUACGAGGACUACCGCCACGCCAACUCCUCACGCGACAAACUCGCCCAGCUCCACAACCCGGACACUUGCGUGCACUUUACCAAGAGCGAGCCGGCCAAACGCGACUACGCCUACCCGUAUCCUCUGAGCUGCGACAGAAAACCCAGCUGCCUGGAGAUGGGCGGCGGCCACAGGGCGGUGCUGACGGUGCAGCCGCGAGCCCCGGAGCUCAAAGGCAAACUGCGGAAGGAGGACGCAGAGCGCUCGCGCUGCGUUUACUGUCAGGACAUGUUCGAUCAAGAGGACAACGGGCGGGGCCGCUGCCACGAGGCGCCCGACCCCAUUCAGACGUGCAUCCGGCGCGUGACCUUCAUGUGGUGCGCGGACAGCCUUCUGUACCACUGCAUGUCCGAUCCGGAGGGGGAUUACUCAGACCCGUGCUCCUGCGACACCGCCGACGAGCGUUUCUGCCUGCGCUGGACGGCGCUGGUGGGCCUGUCGCUGCUGGCUCCCUGCAUGUGCUGCUACGCCCCCCUCAGGGCGUGCUACCGCUGCGGGGUGGCCUGCCGCUGCUGCGGCGGGAAACACAAAGCUGUGGGCUAAGGCGUUGCAGGCCCCGCCCCUUCCACAGUGACAGCUAGGACUCGCAGCAGGAAGCGGGGCGUUGGAGGUCCCUGUGAUUUCUACGUUUGUUGUCGUUUUGUCGUCGUUGUCGGUCUUCAUAACUCCAGCUGCAUCUCGACGUGCAGAAGCUUCUGUAUGAGUCUUACAUGAUCAGUACGUUUACGCAGACGUUAUAUUUUUACACUCAUGUGUCCAAGCGGCCGGACGCGUGGGUGUGUCUGUAUGAAUGUUGCUUUAGCGCCACCCACACGCUGCACCACCCGUCACAAAGUCAGCGGCUUCACUCGCUGCUGUUAGCCGAAAAAAGCUUUUUUCUGUUCGCCACCAGAAAAAUCACGUGAAUCAGCGAACACGGUGCUCCUGAUGCUGAGCUGACCAAACCCUAACUCAAAGCUAAGGGGUCAGAGGUCGAGCCCCUGUUCUCUGAGGGUCAUACCGUUAACACAAACCAAAGAGAGACCAACAAAAGUCUACAGCUGCCGUGUUACUAAGCCUCGUGAGGUUUCAGCUUCGUGACGACGCACUCACUACAAAACGUGCACGCGUCAUAUCCUCGCCGUCCGUCUGUGAUCGCGUGAAAGCCGCUCGUUGAGCUCUCAAACCCCAACGAAGAGCGUUCGUGUUGAGUCGCAUUUGUUCUCGCCGCUCGUCACGUUUCGAGCUGCAAUGGCGCUGGACAUCGGCUCGCUCGCCUUUCACUUCAAAGAAAACGUCAUUAGUCCAUUUCCUGGACUACGCAGCGUCCACCUUCGUUUUCUUGACGGCUGCCACGACUCUUCAUCAUCUGUGGCGAUCCUGUGAUGGCGUACGUCACCUGAUUUUGACUCGGACAUACGCAGCCGUGUAUAUUUGAUUUAUUCGUGCGUAUGUAAAUACAAACAUUUCAUUGCUUUGGUCUCGCCAGCCGUACACGACCCGGAGGCCGAGGUUGCCCAACCCUGCUCUAGUGUAUUUCCUAGUCCACAGCCAGCCAAUCAGCACUGUUCUUCACUCUCAUUGGUUGUUACCGAAGCUGCUUCAAAUGGUAAAUGGCCUGUAUUUGUAUAGCGCUUUUACUAGUCCCCU